AUGGCUGAUUUGGCCGAUGACUUGGCGGCGGCCGCGGCAGCGGCAGCAGCAUCGCCGAGCUACAAGCAAUUGAAGGAGGACUUUGUCUCAAACCUUUCGGGCGGGUCCGUGGUGGAGAUUGCCCAGGUUUGCGCAGUGGCACCGGUCGUCUCCCUCCUUUGGUCUGCCCUCCAAGCCCGACAAACGUUUUUCAAGCCGUAUAACCCGAUAGCCUUCGUCGUCGACUUCCUCCUCAACGUGGGAGCCCUCCUGCUCUCCGUCACUCUCUACUCGAGCGUGCCUCUCCUACUCAACAUCCUCCUCCUGGCACCCGCCGCCGUGGUUUAUUUCAGCCCCCCGAACAACCCCUCGGCACGCAAGAAAAAGCCCCAGCUCCCGCCCAAUGCGCAGUCCAAAACAUCGCCGGGGCUCCCCGGUGCCCUCUCCACCAAGCCCUUUCUGACCAACUACCGUGGCAACAUGAUGGUCGUCACCUGCAUAUGCAUUCUCGCCGUCGACUUCCGUCUGUUCCCGCGCCGGUACGCCAAGGUGGAAACCUGGGGUACCUCGCUGAUGGACAUGGGCGUCGGGUCAUUUGUCUACUCGGCCGGCGUCGUCGCAUCUCGGCCCGUGCUCAAGGAGCGCGCCGACGGUCGAACCACACCGCUAGCUACUCGGCUGAUGCGGUCACUGCGUCACUCUCUACCGCUCCUCGCUCUGGGUGUUGUGAGGCUGCUUAGCGUCAAGGGCCUGGACUAUGCCGAACACGUGACGGAGUAUGGCGUGCACUGGAAUUUCUUCUUUACCCUGGGCUUCUUGCCACCUUUCGUGGCGCUCUUCCAGUCGGCGCUCAAGUUGGUGCCGUCGUAUGCCGGACUGGCCAUCCUGCUUGGUACCUUGUACCAGGUGGUUUUGGAGACUACGGAGCUGAAGGCGUACAUCCUGGCGGGACCGAGGACCGACCUCUUGUCCAUGAACAGAGAGGGAAUUUUCAGUUUUAUUGGAUACCUCGCCAUUUUCCUCGCCGGCCAAGACACGGGCAUGCUCGUCCUACCGAGGAGCCUUGCCCGAGACGGUGCGUCCGGAGCCACUGGCUCUCGGCGCCGCGCGCUAGUGCUCAACUUGGCCGGGUGGUCGGCGGUCUGGAUAACCCUCUACCUCCUUUGCACCGACUACACAUACGGUGCGGGGUUGACGGUAUCCAGGCGGUUGGCAAACCUGCCAUACAUACUGUGGGUGGUGGCCUCCAACAGCGGGCUCAUGUUGGCCUUUUGCCUGGUCGACACGCUUCUCUUUCCUGCAUUCUACAAGGCGCAGGACGCGAAGUCGGAGAAGGAGGCCUACGACACGGCAACGAGCCGUGUGCUGAAGGCGUAUAACCGCAACGGCCUGGCCAUCUUUCUACUGGCUAACCUCCUGACGGGGCUCGUCAACAUGACGGUGCGCACGCUGGAUGUGGGCAGAAUCCCGACAAUGGGGCUGUUGGGUGGGUAUAUGGCCGUGUUGACGGCUGCUGCGGUCGGGUUGGACAUGUACGAUAUCACUAUCAAGUUGUAG